CUUCAUCCUCAAACUUCACCUCUGGCUCCUCUCACUCUCGCUGUCACCACCCAUCGACACACACUAGACCCUCGCAGACCGCACAUCACCAUGAAGGAGCACAUCUUCCAACUGUCCUCACUGGACCACGCUGCCGAGCGCGUGUAUCUUCGCUGCUGCUUCUGCUUCUCCACCACCAACGAGGAAUCGGACUUUGAUAAGAUCUCAGCUCACCUCACGGCCACGGUUAAGCGCACCAUCGCCCACAUGCCCAUUCUCGCCGGUGUCGUCCGCCCCUCUCAAGCUCAAGGUCAGGCCGGGCGCACUGAAGUCAUGGUGAAGCGCGAGCAAGUCAACGGAUUCAAGCCAAUGAUCAAAAUUCUCUCCCACGGCGAAUUUCCGCACACUUACAAGGAUCUUGAGGUUGCUGGCAUGUCUCCUGCCAUUCUCUUCAACGACAAGCUCACUCCCCUGCCAAAUCUGUCGGCCGCUGAGAGCAGUCCUGCAUUUGGAAUCCAGGCCAACUUCGUUUCUGGUGGUCUUCUGGUGGCCCUCUCCCUGCACCAAGCCGUGGCAGACAUCGUCGGCUUCCAAACAAUCAUCACCCACCUGUCGAGCAAUCUGCCGACCUACUAUAUCACCGACGACGAUAUUCACGACAUGGCCGUUGAUCAGUCCCGCCUGCGUGACCGCCUCUCCGGCUCAAGAGGAGCGAAGGUGGAGGCGAGCGCCGUCAAGAACACGUCUGACGAAGGGCUACAUGCCGUGGAGAGCGCGAUUUGCGGCCGGAUGUUCGCAUUCAACACGAAACUUAUUGACGGGGUCGCCGCGCUGGUGAACGAGCGUCUCCUCAUCAUCCGCAAGGAUGCCAGCACCACCGUGCACUCUUCCAACGUCCUCUUCGCCAUCCUUUGGAAGGGGAUCGUCCGAGCCCGCCGCCGCGCCAGCCAGGCGCCAGCUCCUUCUCUCGCGGCCGAAUCGGCCGUUCUCCUCCCUGUCAACGUCCGCAAAGCAAUUGAUCCAGCUCUUGACGAAGGCUACAUGGGCAAUGCGACGCUGGAGAUCGCCGUCAACCACUCCACCGUCAAUCUAAUGAUGCCGUUCGACGUAGGCACUCUGGGCGCUGCCGCGCUGGCAAUUCACACUGGCAUCCAGGGGGUUAAUGAGCAACACAUUCGGUCCGUCAUCGCUGGGAUCAACGCGGGCGCCGAUCUGGCUGAUCUCGGCAAGAAGAAUGCCAACGAUGCCGCUGCUAUGAAGAUUGCGGAUUGGAGCGGACUGAAUGUUGCGGAGAAGGGGCACCUGGGCUUGGGGCUGGGGAAGCCAGGAUGGGUGCGGAAGAUUGGGAGAGAGAUGACGGCGGACGGGUGCACUGUGCAUGCUGUCAAGGAAGAUGAGGGGCUGUGGGAGGUGAUGGUGGAAAUCGAAGAGGACGUGAUGGGGGUAUUGCUGAAAGAUGAUGGGUUUAUGGCAUUCGUGGCGCAUGUUGCUUGAGCGGAACGGUCUGCUCACGAUGAACGAUGGCAACGAGGUUCAUGACUUCGUCUACGACUGUUGAUGACGGAACAAGGGAACGAAGCUCGACGGACGAAGCGUGCAUCAUCUGCCAGUAUGCGCCAUUAUGCAGCAGCAGCAGAGUGUGACUAAUGUUACAAGACAACCCUUCCUUUUUCCAGCUCAGUCCACCCAAUCUCCA